GACACAAAUCCUCAAAUACUGAACAAAUCCAAACGCUAGAAUUGCAAAGAUAUUGUUAUACUCACACUAUUGAGUACGACAAGAAGAUCUUCCAUUUCACAUCGCACAACAUAGCAACGGGAGAGGACCCCACCCUUCCCCCUGUCGAUCGCAUCAAGCACUUGGCUUGGUACAUACUUUGAUUCUUUAUCAUAUUCUGUUUGCAUGUUCCCUGGGCCACUGCAUGCCCUCAACGGAUGAUCGCAUAAUUUCACACAAUUACGACCUUUGGUCCCCGUUGAUUGAACUCUCACUGUGAAUCUAAAGUCCCGACAAAAUGUUUUGUCUAAGAAGUUGGCUUCCCCUCCUCUUUAUUCCCACGAAUGCAUCUCCAAUAUUCAUCUUCCUCUUCUUCAUCUGCACCUACUUUCUCAACCGACCCUGCGUCUACUGCUCAAUUCUCCUGCUCAUCCUUUUCGCCUCCUCCUGUCACUGGGCCGAUCACUGUUUCUUCGACUUCAGUAGUAACUGGUUCUUACCUCGGCCCUCGUCAUAUUCAUCCGCAGAAAUAAACAAUCAAACAGCCCUCUCAAACGAAACUAUAGACAAUGUUUUAAUGUACGCUGGUGCUUUCAAUAAGACUGCGAUAGCAUUGGCAGGCACAGCAUUGGAAGAUGCGAAGAAGAACUUGGCCAGCAGGGAAUGGACGGGUAUCGGGGUUGAAUGGUUGAGAAAUUUAUUGGGAAAGAGAGAAUGGAGGCUGGAUUGUGUGGAUGUGUAUAUCAGGCUCUGACGUCUCCAUUUUGUCCACUGAGAUAUAACGAGAGAGGAUGGUAACAUCAUGUUCGAAAGUAUAACAAAAACUAGACUGUUUAUAUUAACAAUACUUUGAGGGAUCGUGGAAAAGAAAGACCGCGGCAUUGUCAUGGGAAAUAAAGCACAUGAGGAUGGAACUGGCUUGGUUUACAUUUUGGGAUUCGGAUUAUUUAGCAUAGGUCGUCGGAGCUAGGUGUUGGUAACUUGUGUGUACUUAUAUCUGAUUCGGUAGGCGUCGUGUACAAGAGUAUUUUGAGAUUGAAAAUAUAUUGACAAGUCACAUAACA